AAGGAUUCGGCCCAAGAUUUGGGCAAAGGUGAAGUGCGCCCCUUGCCAUGGCGCAAGCGGCGCAAGAGCUUGUGAACGCUGUUCUGCGGCAAGCGGUCAAAAACCACACUGCCGAGGUCGUGCAAGACCUGAUUGAAAAGCACGGGUGUAACCCGAAUCAGACGACCUCCGUGGGCGGCACGCUGCUCCAUGAGGUGGCUUUGCAUGGGAACCAAGCGCAGGCGUUGCGCAUCGCUAAGCUCUUGGUCAGCCACGGCGUGCAGGCGACGCAAGAGGACAAGAGCCGCCGCACAGCCAUGUUUCCAGCAGCAAAGGCUGGGAACAUUCAGCUCUGCGAAUUCCUGCUAGGGCAGGGUUGUAGUGUAGAUCACAAGGAUCUAGGACAUCAAUCCCCUCUUUUUUACUCCUCGCGCCACGGGCACGUGGACUUGUCACAGCUGUUGCUCACCCGGGGCGCAGAUUUGAACGCCGCCGACAGCAAUGGCUACACGCCUGUCUUCUGGGCUGCUCAUGAUGACAGGGUCAACAUGAUGAAAUUCCUGGUGGAGAAGGGCGCAAACCCCAAGAUUCUGGCCAAGAAUGGCAAGAGCCUACUGUUCUCAGCGACUGGCGGGGCAGCUGCCUAUGCUUUGGAGUUGGGAUGCGACCCACAGCAGCAGGACCAACUUGGUCAGACGCCAAUCUUUCGGGCUGUCAAGGAGGAUGAUCCGCAGAAGGUCAAGCUGCUCGUAAACAAUGGUGCGGAUGUGGAUGCGCAGGACAAGAUUGGCCAGACAAGCCUUUUUUACGCGGCCAACCUCGGCCUCAAGGAGAUGGUGACGCUGUUGUGCUCGCAUUUGAAGGCCAGCACGCUGCACCGAGAUAUGAAGGGCUUCUCUGCCAAGGAAUAUGCCAAGCAGCACAGCAAGGCAACCAACCUCGCAGCAUGCACCAAGAUCCUGCAGGCCCAUGAAACCAAGCAACGCCUUGCAGCUCAAAAGGAGCUGAGGCGCAUUGCCAGGGAGCGCGCUCGGAAGGCGGCGGAGGAAAGGGGGGGGCCCAGCCCGCCGCCGGCUUCCUCCAGCCGAAAGCGGCCACGCGAGGAGGAGCAGGACGUGGCGCGCACAAAGUACUACCUGGCGUUCUUCGAGGAGGGGCAGGAGAUCCCCUGGAACUCGCACAAGUACACAGAGAACUUCAGACAGCUUUCGCUCAGAUGUCCUUGGGUGGAGCCAGGGCCACAGCGAUGAGUCGCAAUGAGAGAACCAGCCAACAGGCCAACAGGGCAGGUGUUGCACAGAAGACACCGUAUCUACACAUAGUAGAUGAACGUGUGCAUUACAGCUGAACAAAGC